AUGAAAGGGGCUUACAAUAGAGUUUGUAAGGAGCGUCUUAUUCAAAGGAUAAGUACUAGAGGCAUUCCUAAGAAAAUAACCCGCUGGGUGGCGGCGUUCUGCUCGGCGCGAACGGCCACGAUCCAGGUGAACGGUCAGACGUCGGAAACUCAAGACCUACCACAGGCUGGACUACCUCAAGGCUCACCUUUAUCUCUAAUUUUGUUCCUCUUCUUUAACGCAGAUCUUGUCCAGCGCCGUAUUACCUGGAACGGAGGCGCCAUCGCGUUCGUUAAUGACUUUUCAGCUUGGGUGGCGGGACCAACAGCCAAGGAAAAUCGCAAAGGCAUCAAGUCCAUCAUCAACAUGGCCCUUGAUUGGGAAGGACGGAGUGGCGCAACGUUUGAGGCAGAAAAGACAGCCAUCAUCCAUUUCACCAAAAGCGAAUACAAGAGCGAUUCAGAAGCUUUCACCAUCAAAGGGUUAGAGGUACGACCAAAGACACACGUGAAAAUCCUCGGGCUCGUUAUGGACACCCGGCUCAAGUAUAAAGAGCACAUCGCAAGAGCAGCUACAAAGGGCCUCAAGGCAGCAAUGGAACUCAAGAGGCUGAAGGGACUCUCACCAGCAACGGCCCGUCAGUUAUUUACCGCAAUGGUUGCCCCCGUGGUGGAUUAUGCUUCCAAUGUCUGGAGGCAUAAUUGUAUCCACAAGAAGGCCAAAAUGCUGGACCGUGUGCAGAAAAUUGGCGCCCUAGCCAUAACAGGAGCCUUCAGAACCGUGGCUACGAGCGUCGCAGAGGCGGAGGCCCACAUUAGCAGUAUGCAAGAACGGCUGUGGAAACGGGCGUUGAAACUGUGGGUUGAGCUCUAUGUCCUACCCGACAGCAAUCCUCUACGCAGAGAAGCAUCUAGGAUGCUACGAGUAUGGAAGAAUGGCGUUCAAUCGCCAUUCCAACAGGUAGCCGUUGCGUUCAACGCUUCGGCACUGAAUGAACUGGAAACCAUCCAACCAUUCACCCUACCUCCUUAG